CCUUCCCUCCGUUUGCCCCAACUGAUCUUCGCAACCCGCGAGCCGGUAGUCGCGAGCUCCAUUAAUGGGCGCCCACUGUCCUUCGCUCUUCUAAAACAAGAUAACUAAAACCCUAACCUGGAUCUCUCUUUCUUUGUGAUGGGAUAUCAACAGUUCCACCAUGGCGGCAAUAACAACCUCGGCGGAGACGGCGUCUCCCACCACCAGCGGGUCAACAGCCCGCGCUACGCCGGCUCGAUGACCCGGAGGGCGCACUCCUUCAAGCGUAGCGGAAACGGGGAGAUCGAGCUCCAGAUCAACUCCCCCAGGUCGCCAUGCGAGAACGCGGGGAGCACCGCCUGGGAGGGGGCGGACCCUCCACCGGCUGCGGAGAGGUGGCAGGGCGGCGGCCAUCUCCACCACCAGAACGUCCGGUUCCCGCUCGAGGUGCCGCUUCUGGGGAAAGGGCUCUUCAAGAAGCCCCACGGCGGCGCGAUGGAGGUGGGGUUCCGGGAGAGGAGGCGGCUCAGGGACCUCCUGUUCUUUGCCUUUUGUAGCGUGUGCUUGUUGCUCGGAGUUGUGAAGAUCUGCGCCGGGGGUUGGUUGGGGCUUCCUGGGGUCAGAAAAACUGGCGAUUAUCAGGAUCUAUCUAGAAGUCAAUUUACUGGUCAUAGAAGUGAUAGCGAGAGAACACUUAUGACCCUAUCAUCAAGCAAUGGUGGAAGUCAAAACAGUGUAAUUGAGUGCUCAGGCAUAUGGGCCAAGCCAAACAGUGAAACUUUUAUGCAGUGCAUUGACCAUACUGGUCCCCGGAAAAAGUUGGAUGCCAAGACAAAUGGUUACAUUCUCAUAAAUGCAAAUGGAGGUUUGAAUCAGAUGAGAUUCGGGAUCUGUGAUAUGGUUGCUGUGGCUAAGAUCCUAAAGGCAACGCUUGUUCUUCCUUUGCUUGACCAUACCUCAUAUUGGGCAGAUGAUAGUGGCUUCAAGGAUCUCUUUGAUUGGAAGCAUUUCAUAGAGACCCUGAAAGAUGAUGUUCAUAUAGUUGAAAUAUUGCCUGCUGCAUAUGCAGAAAUGGAACCUUUAGUGAAGACUCCAAUAUCUUGGUCUAAGGCUAAUUAUUAUAAAGCAGAUAUUCUCCCACUUCUGAAACAACACAAAGUUAUAUACUUCACUCAUACAGAUUCCCGACUUGCAAACAAUGGACUUCCUGACUCUAUCCAGAAACUGAGGUGCCGUGUCAAUUACAGAGCACUGAAAUAUUCAGCCUCAAUUGAAGGACUCGGGGCAACCUUAGUUUCAAGGAUGCAUCAAGCUGGAAGCCCAUAUCUUGCUCUCCAUUUAAGGUAUGAAAAGGACAUGCUGGCAUUUACAGGUUGCAGUCAUAAUUUGACAACUGAAGAAGAGGAGGAGCUUCGUCAAAUGCGUUAUGAAGUAAGCCACUGGAAAGAGAAGGAGAUUAAUGGAACUGAGAGAAGAAAGAUGGGUGGCUGCCCUCUGACACCCAGAGAAACUUCCCUUCUGCUUAAAGGACUAGGAUUCCCAUCAAACACGAGAAUAUACUUGGUGGCUGGUGAAGUUUAUGGAAAUGGUAGCAUGCAGUAUCUCUUAGAUGAUUUCCCAAACACUUACUCCCAUUCAACUCUUUCUACUGAACAAGAACUUAGACCCUUCAGAAAUCACCAAAACAUGCUUGCUGGUUUGGACUAUAUUGUUGCUCUUCAGAGUGAUGUUUUUGUUUACACUUAUGAUGGAAAUAUGGCAAAGGCCGUGCAAGGCCACAGGCGCUUUGAGAACUUCAGAAAAACUAUCAGCCCAGACAGGUUGAAUAUUGUGAAACUUGUCGAUGAUUUUGAUGAAGGAAAGAUCUCUUGGAAGAAAUUCAGCUCGAAAGUGAAAAAACUGCACAGAGAUCAAAUUGGAGCUCCAUAUUUGAGGGAGCCUGGAGAAAUUCCGAAGCUGGAAGAGAGUUUCUAUGCAAACCCUCUACCAGAUUGUAUAUGCGAAACACAGCAGAGCAGGAGAUAAAAAGAUAAUUUGCACAAUUUUGUUUUAUUAAUGUGCAUUAGAGUAUCAAAAUCGCUUCUGUUAAGGAAAAAUUCCUUAUAAUAACUGCUGGGGCUACUAUAUGAUGGAAGGCAGUACAUUUACUACUCCGUAGAAACUCCAAUUAUCGGUUCAGCAUAAUUCUGGUGAAGUAGCCAGAUUGGAGCUUUGUAGAACCUGUACAGUGAUGAAAUCAUGUAAGAUUAUUUUGGGCCGGUCAGCUGCAAGAUCGCGGGAGUAUAAAGAGUCUUCACAGAUGCAGAUAGAAUGCAACAUCAUGGAACAUCACCAUUUCUCUUUCCAGAAUUUUGUAUUCUUUCUCUGUUCCAUUCCAGUAGCGAUGUGCAUUAUGACUUCUUUCCUUCAGUUAUUUCAUUUUCUUAAAUGUACAACAAUACGGAUGUGACAGCAAGCCACUGCCUGGAAAAAAUUCGUUCCUAUGACAAUAACCGAUAAUAAUUCAUUGUGAGGGAAUUUUUUUUCCUGAUUUUGUCACUAGUUGAAGGGUUUGUCUGUCAGAUUGUGGAAUAAAUUUUCAUUGCU